AUGGCCAAAAAACUCCAAGAUGAAUAUUCUCCUCAAGGUCAAGUACUAUUUGCUAUCUUUGGAUGGAAAAUUGGAGAACAAGAAGAUAUGCCAAAUCUGCCAAAACAUGGAGAAGGCACAAGGUUGGUUGAGAAGUUGAAACUUGAUAUUAUACCCCAUCCAAAACCUUAUAAACUUCAUUGGCUAAAUGAAGAUGGGGAUAUAAUAGUCAAGAAUCAAGUGAAGUUGGCAUUUUCCAUUGGGAACUUCAAAGAUGAAGUUUUAUGUGAUAUAGUUCCCAUGGAAGCAUGUCAUGUGUUAUUGGGGAGACCAUGGCAAUUUGAUCAUCAAACUAUCCAUCAUGGUCUAACCAAUACCAUCACUAUCCAUCAAAAGGACAAGAAGUUUGUGCUUCAUCCUUUGACUCCUACCCAAGUGGCUAAGGAUCAAGCACAAAUGAAGAUUUUAAGAAAGCAAGAACAUGAUCAAAAGAAAAAGUCAAAAAGAAAGGGAGGUAUAGAAACAAGUGUGCCACCUAAGGUCACUCAACAUGAAGUCCUUUUAAACAAAAAGACUUUAAUCAAUACACUUCAAGUUGAGCAACCUUCAUAUCUUCUUCUUUGUCAAGGAACACUUACAUGCACAUCUAGUGAUUCAAAGACUUCAACUCUUUCUCCAUCCAUUCAAAAACUUUUGAAAGAAUUUGAUGAUCUAUUCCCACAAGAAAUUCCAAAAGGGCUUCCACCCAUAAGAGGAAUUGAACAUCAAAUUGAUUUCAUUCCAGGGGCAGUUCUUCCUAACAGGCCAGCCUAUAGGACAAAUCCCCAAGAAAACUAA